CAGCUGUAGAUAGUGUCACAAAACAUGGAAGUACCAUACUUCAUGCUGCAGUUUAUGGAGGAAAGAUCGAUGUGGUCAGAUUCUGUCUAGAUGCAGGUUGUAAAGUGAAUGCUGUAGAUGAUGAGGGGAGGCAUGCAUUAAUGGCUGCUGUGUCCUGUAGAUGCGAUAUCAAAAUCAUUGAAAUUCUUUUGGAUGCUGGAAGUAACUUAUCAGUGACCCAUAAGCUGACAAAGAGGACAGCACUGCAUGAGGCAAUAUGUCAGCAUUAUGUGCUUGCUACCCAUCUGCUGAUUGACAGAGGCGGCAGUCUGACAGCCAUAGACCAUGAAAAGAAGUCACCAUUGUUUCUGGCAUGCCAGCGAGGGCUGUGUGAAACCGUGGCUUACAUGUUAAGUAAAGGCAACUGUCCUACUUCAAGUCCCUUUGCUUCAGCAUUGCCUAUACAUGCUGCAGCCUCACAAGGUCGGGCAAGCACUAUUGAACUACUAUCAGAUCAUGGCUGUGACUUGAACCAGACGAAUGAAAAAGGGGAGACACCCAUUAUGACGGCAUUAGCAGAGGACUGUUUCUCAUCUGUGAGAGCUUUACUUCAGUGUGGUUGUGAUCUCGAAGCACAGAACAAGGUCACAAGCCUGCAGAUAUGUUGCAUACUUCACGAAGACCCCCAUCCACAUUUAGGCUUGGAGCCUCUCUUCCUGGCACUGACUCACAAAAAUGUUCCUAUGAUGAAGAUGUUAUUACAGUGUUAUUGUCACAUCCCAUCAAGGACCAUCCGUGUGUUAACAAAACUGCUGAAACAAACCCAAGGUCUAAAUAGUCACUACACCCCUCAACAGAAGGAGGAAAUAUUCAGCCUGUUUACUCAGCAUUUAAUUACCCCUUUUACACUGGCUGAUGCUUGCAGACGACGCAUCCGAGCUUGUUUGGGGUGCCCGAUUCAGGUGAAAGUCAAGCAUCUGCCAGUCGCUGACAAAGUCCAGAACUACAUUCUUAUGGAGAGUGAAUUUGAAGCCUGGCAUGAAAUUGAGCAGGAUAUGCCAGGUGGCAGCUCAGGAUUUUCUGAUAUUUUUGUUCGCAGAGAAUCCUACUGA